GUGAGCAAAAGCCCCUCAUUAUUUACUUAGAAAUUCCCCAACCUCACAGAAAUCCUAGGCCUGCCAUGCCGCCAGGCGGGGGCUGGGCGGACCUUCCACCGGAGCUUGUCUGCAACAUCGCUGACGGCCUUGACAACCUCAAGUGCUAUGGGAGUGCGCGAGGCGCAUGCACGACAUGGCGUUUCGCACUCGCGCCGCCAUUGCCAUCAUUGCUCGUUGACCAUGACGAUGACCCUGCCAAGCGCCACACCGCCGCUGCCAUCGAGCGUCGUACCACCGCAACCUCAAUCCUUGCGCGUCGCUCCUUCAAGCUCAACGCGAUCCCUUCGGGCAAGAAAUGUCUUGGCUGUUGUAGCGGAUGGCUCGCCCUCUCCGUGUGCAUCGAUGAUGUCCGUAGCCUACUCAGUCUCUUCCACCCCAUCACAGGCGCCGAGAUCCUCCUACCCCCACUUGUUUAUGACAGUCGCCUUGUCUCCAAGGUCGUCUUUGCGCCCAACCCCACCUAUGACGACUUCAUGGCCGUUAUGAUAUGUGACAUCAAUAGGGUUGCCUACGUUACCGCAGGGGCCAGGAGAUGGGCCAUCCUCGAUCCCAUCAACCUCACCAUUGGAGACCAGCUCAUCGACCUCCUAUAUCAUGAAAAUGGUAGGGUCUACUGUCUCACUCGAUUUGGAGAUGUCCAUGUGAUCCUCCUCCCGCAGCGCUGCCGUCGGGAACCUAUCAUCCUCGAGGGCCACACAUCAACAUAUCCUGCAGUGCAUAAUAGGCAAAUCUUCCAGAUGCAUGGGACAGGACCGGAUCUAAAUGCACCGGCCACCAUUGAGACAUUGUUGUCAUUUGAGGGAAGCAAUUUAUCAUUCGAUGUCGUCACCAGUUUCGCCCCGCCAUACAACACAAUCUCGUCGUUCACUAGUGUCAAGAAUCUGGUGUUCUGCGAUGGCAGCCUAUACCAAAUCUGGAGGAAUGCGACCUGCACGGUUACUGUGAAGCUGCCAGAAGGGGGUCGAUGUCGUGUAGCACAUGAUGAAAUAUUUGUUCUCAGGUACGACCCCCAUCGCCGACCAUGUUGGGACGUUGUGACUGACUUAAGGGGAUACUCAGUGUUCAUUGGGAGAAACAAUUCAAUGUCGAUAUAUGCGGAAGGCAUUCCAGGACUCAAGGGUGAUUGCGUGUAUUGGAUCGGUGGGAGGGGUAGGGAUGAGGGCAUGGUAUUUGACAUGAAGACUGGAAGGUCAAUACCUUGCUUUCCUCUUGUGGACGGUGUUCGUCUGGGGUCUUUACAAAGCACAAUCUGUUGGUACUUUUUGAGCAACAAAUGA